AUGCGCUGGAUCCCGCACGACAUCGAGCCACCUUCUAGCUCGGAGAAGAAAAAGGAGAGACCAAAGCGCUUCAUUCUGAGCAGGAAGAGUAGCGAGCCAGAUCAUGGGGCGUUGAAGAGGAGAAAAAGCGGCAUCAGCCUUACCAGCGUCAUAGACGAGGAGCUGCACGCUCGGACGCAUAUGCAAGACCAGAGCGCUUUUUUCAGCGCGUUACCUCUCGAGAUUAGGAAGAUGGUGUACGAGUACACCGAAUCCGCCCCGCACCUCUACAGCCCUCACAUCUUCUCUCUCCUCCAUGUAACCCACCUGCUCUUCCUCCCUACGCACAUCCCCCAACCGCGCCUCGACACUAUCCGCACUCUGCGCCUGAAAUGGGCCAUUCGCGGCAUGCCUUAUUUCCGGAGGAAUCCGUCUUCGAAGCGUCCUGCGUACCCAGAGGACACGGCGAAUUGGGAGAAGGGCUGGGACAUCUUGUCGCGCAUGAGGGGGUUGAAGGAUUUGAGGGUUGCAAUUAUCGAUCCGAGUCCGGAGGGGAUUUGGGAGGCGCAUUGGCUGGGGGUGGAGGAGGUGCUGCUGGAGGCUGUGAUGAGGGCCAUCACGCUCGAACAGCCUGCUGUCAGGUCUGUUAUCGUAGGAACUGGAAAGGUCAGGACUGGUCUCUGA